AUGGAUUUCCACAAAGCACCACCACCCCGACCGCCGAGCCUGGCGGCUGGCCUGUCCAAGGCGAACGAAGUGUACGAUUAUAUAUUCAUCGACAGCGGUAGCCCCGAUUCGUACCUGAGUGCCGACGUCGGUGGCAUCGUUAAUGAGACGUUCCUCGGCAACGUCUCGGCCAGUGUCCUCGGGAACGCCACCGACCCGGGCACGGCCGGGGCCGGGCUUGGCCUUAACGGUACCGACGCGGAACCGCUGGCCGAUGUGAUCGUGAUGGCGGUCACCUCGCUCGUACUUGGACUGAUGAUUUUAGUUACCGUGAUAGGAAACGUUUUCGUAAUAGCAGCCAUCAUUUUAGAGCGUAAUUUACAAAAUGUAGCUAAUUAUCUGGUCGCAUCGCUGGCCGUGGCCGAUCUGUUCGUGGCGUGCCUGGUGAUGCCGCUCGGUGCCGUGUACGAGAUAAGCCGUGGCUGGAUCCUGGGGCCGGAGCUGUGUGAUAUUUGGACGUCGUGCGAUGUGCUCUGCUGUACCGCUUCGAUCCUGCACCUGGUGGCGAUCGCCACCGACAGGUACUGGGCGGUGACGAACAUCGACUACAUCCACUCCCGGACCAGCCGCCGGGUAUUUACGAUGAUCUUCCUCGUGUGGUUCGCGUCCGUCAUCGUGUCCCUGGCACCGCAGUUCGGCUGGAAGGACCCCGAGUACCUGCAGCGGAUAGAGCAACAGAAGUGUAUGGUCUCGCAGAACAUCUCCUACCAGGUCUUUGCCACGUGCUGCACGUUUUAUGUGCCCCUGUUCGUGAUCCUGGUGCUGUACUGGAAAAUCUACCAAACCGCCCGGCGACGGAUACACCGGCGGGGUCCGAAGCUGCCCGCCACACCCAACAGCAGCAACCAGGAGGAAACACCAAAACCCAAAUCCAAGAUACGAUUUCAUCUGAAGAAAAAGUUCACGAACCCGAGCAAAUCGGCCGUCUCGUCGCUCGGGCUGGUCGAGGGCAACUCCACCAACACGGUCAACACGGUCGAGGACACGGAGGCGGACAGCGCGACCAACGCGGACAAGAAGGGCGCGGAGACGGCGUUCAGCGGCGACGAGGUGAGUCCCACCCCCCUUAGCAAUAGCCAAAUCCCGACGGUUUCGUACGAGGUGACGCACCGGCAGCUGGCACAGUCCGGUGCUACGGAAUCGAACAAUAACAAUAACCGGACGAUAACCAAACGCAGCCCGAGCGGAAACGGCAGUGGACCGGCCGCACCCCUGCUGCUCCCGGCGGCCACUCCGCUGCACCCGGAUGGGCCCCAAACGCCACAGGAGCAGCACCAGGAGUCCCAGGCCGGCGGUGCUGGGCAGACGGCGCACGCCAACCAGACCACCGGCCUCAAACCACCGGCCGCCGGGGGUGGUGCCGGGGCUGCUGGGCAGCUGCAGGGGGCCGGCUCCGCGCUCCACAUCGCCAGCAGCCCGAAUCCGCAUGCCCAGGUCUCGAAGCGCAAGGAGACGCUCGAGGCGAAGCGCGAGCGCAAGGCGGCGAAAACGCUGGCCAUCAUCACGGGUGCGUUCGUCGUGUGCUGGCUGCCCUUCUUCCUCACCGCCCUGCUGCUGCCCCUCUGCGAGAGCUGCUCCAUCAACGACACGGUCGCGUCGCUCUUCCUGUGGCUCGGCUACUUCAACUCCACGCUCAACCCGGUCAUCUACACCAUCUUCAGCCCCGAGUUCCGGCAGGCCUUCAAGCGCAUCCUGUUCGGCAGCCACCGCUCGGCCACGUACCGGCGCGGCAAGCUGUAG